UUGCUUGCUAAAUGUAGUCUAUAUAGUUUGGUUGAUUGUUACACGACCCGUUGUGUGGAAAUGUAGAUUGAUUUAUUUUUUAAGUUGGAGACAUUCAUAAGAGGGAUGAUGAACCAAGGCCAAAUUCAAGGCAGUACAGGAAGUACGCCCACUAGCAGCAGUACCAAGAAGCAGACUGAACAAAAUAAGGCAGUAGACAUGAGCUUCACCAUCGAGGAGAGGGGCAAGCCCAACACACUGGACUACAGGGUGUUCUUCAGAAAUACUGAGGGAAAACACGUCUCUCCAUUCCAUGACAUACCAAUUUAUGCAGAUGAAGCUCAGAACAUCUUCCAUGCUGUUGUUGAGGUACCCAGAUGGACCAACGCAAAGAUGGAGAUUGCCACCAAAGACCCUCUAAAUCCAUUGAAGCAAGACAUCAAGAAGGGGAACCUUCGUUAUGUGGCCAACGUGUUUCCACACAAAGGAUACAUCUGGAACUAUGGAGCCAUCCCUCAGACAUGGGAGGACCCGGGCCAUAAAGACGCAGAUACAGGAUGCUGUGGUGACAAUGACCCUAUUGACAUCUGUGACAUAGGAUACAAGGUGUGCUCUCGUGGAGAGGUGAUUAAAGUCAAGGUGUUGGGCACUCUGGCUCUGAUCGACGAAGGAGAAACAGACUGGAAAGUCAUUGUCAUCAACAUGGAGGAUCCAGAGGCCAACAACUUUAACAAUAUUGAUGACGUAAGAAGACUCAAGCCUGGGUAUCUGGAAGCUACAUUUGAGUGGUUCAAAAAAUAUAAAGUUCCCGAUGGAAAACCUGAGAACCAGUUUGCAUUUAACGGAGAGUUCAAGGACAGGGACUUUGCUCUUAAGACAGUCAAGGAAACUCAUGAGUUUUGGAAGUCGCUGAUCUCCAAAAAGACCAACGCUGGAGAACUGAACUGUACCAACACCUGUGUCACAGACAGUCCAUUCUGCUGUUCCACUACUGAUGCUAAGGCUGUUGUUGAUGCCGUGAGUUCCUUUCACUUAUUUGGCUUAUCCUACUAA